AUUUCAAUGCGAGUACCAUCCUUGUUGGGUUUCUCGGAUUAUUCAAGUCUUCCGAUUUUUUCGCGUCAAUACCUACUACACAGUCUUGCAUUUCUGUGUUUUUAGUUUCACUUUGUUUCAUUUCUAAGUCAACUUCUUUGCAUUCUUGAAUUUCUUCCCUUAUCUUUUGAGGGUUUUUUGCUUUCUUCUGAAUCUUCUAGAUCGGAUAUUUCUUGAGUUUCAGAUUUUUUGUUUGGUCAGGACCACUUUUCCUUCUUUCUUUUUAAUAAUGCGCGCACCUGCGCACAUUACCAUCGUUCGCUUUCUUCAAUUUCUGGGUUUUGAACUUUUUUCUACUCUAAUGCAUAGAAAUUAGACAGGGCAUAAAGUUGUUUCCUUGUGUUUGUUCUUUCUUGCAAGAUCUCAGGCAUUAAUUUUAUAAUGGUAAAGUGAUGCUUAUAUCUCUCCAGUUUCUUUCUCUGCUUUCAGUCGUCCUUGAUUGCAAUAACCUAUAUAGUGGGGUUCAUACAAAGUUGGAAACAUACAUCAAGACUUUCAUGGGUUUAUAACAAAAUGUUUCAUAAUAACUAGAUGAUUUUUCUAUAUGCUGGUAACAUAGAACAUAAGUACGUUUGCUGAUUUUUGAAGCUCGCAACUUACAUUGCCGUGUAUGACGGACUUAAUAGAGAUGUGAAUAGUUUAAACUUUUUCUGUGUUGUUUCAAUAUCUUUACGACACUUCAACUUUUCCUUUCCGUCAACUGGUUUGAGUUUCGUUCGAAUGGUUAACUAUCAAAUAUUGAUGCCUUUUGUCUUUGUGAUGUGUCUUCCUUUCGAAGCUGCAUUGCCUAGUAAUGGCAAUUGACAAUUUGAAUAGUGAGGACAAGCUGCAUGCUUCUACUUCUCCGCCACAAAGGAGUGAAGAACAAGGGUGUAAUUUAUUGACUAAUGAUUCUGCUUCCAUUGAUGGGGUUGCUAGUGACUUUCAACAUAAUGAUAGUGUGCCUGGAAGAUCUUGGUCUCAUAACAGGGAAAUAGCACCAAAUGGAGGGAACUUAAUGGUUAAUUCAUCCCGGAUCAAUAACCCUAACAAUUUUCAUGCUAGUCAUUACUUACGUGAAAGAGAUCUUCAAUCUCUUUUGCACAGACCAAAUUCAGGAUUUUCAUAUCAACAUGCUCCCUUCAAUCUAAAUAGUUCUGAGAAGCUUGACAGUCGUAGAAGAGCUGCAAUUGAUGAUAAUAGUUCAGAUGGAAGACCACAAGUGUUCAAGCCUAUUCCAAAAUCAAUGGAUGGUAACAUUGGUCAGCCUUCCCCUGGUUUGAAUUUUGGAAUGCCUAUGUUUAGCCGUAAUCAAGGUGCAGUUUCAUUGAAUUCUCCUGAAAUGCUUGAGGAAAGACAUUUGACUUCCCAUUCUGGAAGCAACACUAAUCCGGAAAUUAAUACUAAACUCUUUGGAAUCAAUCUUGCUGGUGAAUCAAAAAGGGAAUUUGUUCCUCCAAUUAGUGCUCAUCACUCUAAAAUGGAUAGCAGAAGAUACCAAUAUCCUGAUUUUGGCAUGAAUGGUGCCAUUUCUGGUUCUCAGAACAAUGAUGAAGUCAUGUAUAAUUUACCACAGAAUGCAGAUGCCUCGGUGCACUCUAUUGAUAAUCACAAUCUUAGACCUGGUUUAAGAUUAGGGCCAUCGUAUGAUUUUCGAGGGCCAUCGUUACCAUUAGACAUUAAUCAAAUGAUGCGGUGUAACAUUAAACAGAGCAGAGCUAGUGAACGUGCGGUUUUCUCUUCACCUGGAAUGCUAAGUAAUCAGCUCCUGUCCGGGCAACUACCAGAAUUUAAAGUAAACUCAAAUGGGACGUUCUCAUUACAGUCUUCUACUUAUCCAUUAGGUAUGGGCGCUGGAAGAACUAGUGGGAUGGAUCCUUCAAAUCUAGGAAUGCAUACUGGAAUGAGAAAUAUGAUUGGUCAAGCUUCUAGGCCAUCUGUUAGAUCCUCUCUUAAGAGAGGCGCUUCUGAACCACAAUCAUCCCUCUCCCAGGCUCGUCAGAGGAAGACUCUAGUGAAUCAUCCAUACAUUCAUCCAUCUGUCCCGAACUGGAUUGGAUCGGCUCCUUUAAUGCCUAAUACAUCACAAACAAUCUUUCGCUCAGCCCACAAAGGCAUACCUCUCCUACCUCAAGCCAUUGGCUCUACUGUUCAUCCAUCCAUUUCUCCUUGGGCCAAAACUGCUUUAUCACCCCAAGCAUAUCCCAGACAAUUACUCCCUUAGUCCGUGCAACUCCAUCUCUCCCACCCGAAGCUUGUGGUACUGUAUUACCUCCGCAUCAUAACAGGAGAAUACCGUCUAUCCAUCCUGGGUCCCAGAUAAAAUCCCACCCAUACCAGCCAAAAAUGACGCGGUCUCUGCCUUCCCCACAUUGGAGGCCUCCCCCAAUCAUGCCAUCUACACCUAAGGCUGUUCCACUUCCACCUUCUUAUAUCAAACUCAAAGAUGCAAAUGAAGCUCCCGAGCUAAUUGGAUUCAACUGCUGCUUGUGCAAGAGGGAUCUGUCAUUCGCACCAGAAGGACCCAUUUCGCAGCCAUCUCCUCCGCCGGAUUCUGCCGUUCUACCAUGCGGCCACACCUUUCACAGAGAGUGCUUGGAGAGAAUGACUCCUGAAGACCAAUCAAAUGAUCCCUCUUGCAUUCCUUGUGCCAUUGGCGAGUAGGAAUAUCCAGUCUCUUUUUGUUUCUUCUCACAGAAUCUUUCUUCAAACAGGUAUAGAAGGAAAAACAUAGUGAUAGAGAAAUUGGAGUAGAAUAGAUAAAAGUCAAGUCCUCUAAGAGGUUGUUUAUUGUAACUGGCAUAUGUUUAUAGGAAGUGUAAACUGGUGAGGCAAAUACAAUGAGUGCCUCAAUCCUAAGAAAUAAAAAAUAAAACCUCAGUUUAGUCUUUAUUUGAAUCA